AUUGAGUCAUUUCUCCUAGUUCACUCUCUGAGAAGCUGAAGUGUUUAGUGAGAUGGGGGAGGGAUCAGUGAAAUGUGGAACUGUCAUAGUUCUGUUCACACCAAGAUAGUGUCUCUCUGACUCAGAGAACAUGUGAAGAGCUACAGAGAUAGACAUCACGCACAACGAUCAAUGAAAGAACAGAAAUGCUGAGGCUACUGCUUGGUUUUACACUUGUCAUGGUUUUGAACGAUUACCUGGUUACUGGAGAAAUCCAUCUGGCCAAUGGUUUAGAUGCUUGCUCGGGAAGAGUUGAGAUCCUAAAUGGCACAUGGAGGACAGUGUGUGGUGAAUCCUGGGACAUUGAUGCUGCUGCUGUGGUGUGUAGAGAGUUGCAAUGUGGAAGAGCUGUUAUUGCAGAUGGCCAGGCUCUUUUUGGGGUAGGGACUAAUCCUGUCUCCCUGAGUAAGGUCACCUGUAAGGGAAACGAGUCAUCCAUCACACAGUGCUCUCAUCAAUGGAAUGAAAAUAAUUGUCCUCAGAGUAAUGUUGCUGGAGUCAUAUGUUCAGCUUCUUCAAUUAUUAUCAUUGUUGCUGUGGUAGCAGUUGUACUGAUCAUAUUGUCUGCACUGCUAAUCAUUUACCUGGUGAGGAAGAGACAAAAACAAAAGAAGAAUCCAAAUCUCCCAUUCAAAAGAUGCAGUUAAUAUGCAAGAUGUGCUCCAUAAUAACCAGAAUGAAGAGAACGCUGAGGAUGACUAUGAGGUUGUUGAUAUGGAUGAUAGUGAUCAUAAAGAUGUAAACUCUGACUCUGAUCAGGAUUAUGUUAAUAUAGAUCAGGAGGACUCUGAACCAGACUACGUCAAUGCGGAAACAGAUGAUUCUGAACAAGACUAUGUCAAUGUCAAUAUUACCGAACACGGAAGUACACUGGACAAUAACUAUGAAGAUUUCUGAAAGCUAUUUGAUGGAAAAUAUUACAGAUUUUAAAUUGUUCACAGAAUAAAGGACUUAGGACCUUCUGAAUGGAUAACAGCACUAAAUCCCAGAAAACAGUCCAUUAACACACAAAAGUGCCACACAAAAACGGAGCCAGAAUUUCCAGACAAGGAGCAAACCAGGUCCAAACUAAGAACAAAGACUCUUUGGUCAUUAUUAAGCACUAAUAUUAAAUAAAAUACUUGGGAUUUCUCUAGAAAUCUCUGUAAUGUGAGUGUGGAUUAUCUUUUCCUGUAGCAAAGUAUCAGUUUGUCUACUUCGCUGAAAGUAGUAGUGGCACUAGCAAAUUAGCAGUUGUUAGCAGCUUUAGCAACAAGUAUAAACAUUUAUUAGUAGUGAUGAAGUGUUUUUGACAGCUUUAAAAGGUGUGUUCUAUAAAGAAGCAAGCAAUAAGGAACCUCGAAGAGAGAAAGCAAUAGCUGUAUCCGUUCACAAUGUGACACAACUACCCACAAGCCCCUCUGCUGUGUGUCUUCCUCUCUCGCUGUUGUUAUUGUUAGACACCCGCUAAUGAGUUACUGUUACUGUGUGAUGUCUGCCUUUUAUUGAGUGCCCACUGGUUACCUAAAUAAUUUAAUUUAAAUUAAAAUGUUUAAACAACAUUUUAAUAUAUGUUUGUACUCUGCACAAGUUUUUUUUUUUCUCUGAAUAUAACUAUCACAUUAUAAAAUCACAACUGCAAAUACACUGUAAAUCUAGUUUUUUAUAUAUCUGGACUAAGAAAAUGUGAAACUUUUUACAGUCUCUGCACUCUGUGUCCAAAAGGGCACUUCCUCAAAUCUGCUUCACAGAUUAAUCAGUGUAUUAACACAUUCUGAGAACAGAGCUAUUCUCCAAAUGUGUUAAAUAUGUUUAACACUGUCCAACUGAAUGCUACUCUUUAACUCCAUUUUAAAGUACUGCUUAUCUGAUGUGGUUUCUUAAUUCCCUUUUAUUAUUCCUAUCACAUGUAAACAGUUUGUUUCACUUCUUUGCAGAAAUCAUUUGAUAUUUUGCAUAUUUAGUCAUUUCAUCUCUCUUUCUUUUAUAGAGGCAAAUUAAACAUUAACUCUAA